GGAGCCGGCGGUCGGGCCGCUGCGAGCGGGCUUUCCUUACUGCGCCUGUUUGGUGCCGGGAGGCGGGCUGUUGCCGCUCUGGGCCCGGCUCACUCACGUGACCGACGCGAGCUCUGGAGCGACUGGCCGCACUGAGGCGGCGGCGGAGGCAGCGGCGGCGGCAGCGGCGGAGCGGUGACCGCGGCCGGGGAGGUAGCGGCCUGGCGAGCGAAGGGCCGGCUGCCCUCGGACAGCCACGGCGGAGGAGAAAAAUGGCGGAGGCUUCGGCGGCCGGGGCGGACGCGGGUGCCGCUGUAGCCGCGCACCGGUUUUUCUGCCACUUUUGUAAGGGCGAGGUCAGCCCCAAACUACCGGAAUAUAUUUGUCCUAGAUGUGAAUCUGGCUUCAUUGAAGAAGUGACAGAUGAUUCCAGUUUUUUAGGUGGUGGUGGCAGCCGGGUAGACAAUAGCACAUCAACACAUUUUGCAGAGCUCUGGGACCAUUUGGAUCACACAAUGUUUUUCCAAGAUUUUAGACCAUUUCUAAGUAGCAGUCCACUGGACCAAGAUAAUAGAGCCAGUGAGAGGGGUCUUCAAACUCACACUGACUUCUGGGGACCAAGUCGGCCUCCACGGCUGCCAGUGACUCGGAGAUACAGAUCUCGAGGAAGUACUCGUCCUGACAGAUCUCCAGCUAUUGAAGGAAUAAUACAACAGAUUCUUGCAGGAUUCUUUGCAAAUCCUGCAAUUCCUGGACCCCCACACCCUUUUUCCUGGAGCGGGAUGCUGCACUCCAACCCUGGGGACUAUGCCUGGGGUCAGACAGGGCUUGAUGCCAUUGUAACCCAGCUUUUAGGACAACUGGAAAACACAGGGCCUCCCCCAGCUGACAAGGAAAAGAUUACAUCACUUCCAACAGUGACAGUAACUCAGGAACAAGUUGAUAUGGGUUUAGAGUGUCCAGUAUGCAAAGAAGAUUACACAGUUGAAGAGGAAGUCCGGCAGUUACCCUGCAAUCACUUCUUUCACAGCAGUUGUAUUGUGCCAUGGUUAGAACUGCAUGACACAUGUCCUGUAUGUAGGAAGAGCUUAAGUGGUGAGGACUCUACUCGGCAAACCCAAAGCUCUGAGGCCUCUGCAAGCAACAGAUUUAGCAGUGACAGCCCGCUACACGACCGAUGGACUUUCUGAAGCUAAAGACCGCACCUGAACCAGGGCUGUGGUAGUCUUCUUACCAUAGCUGUAAAUUGUAUCAGAACAAAAAAAUAGUAGCUGGAUUUAGGAAUCACAUAAGACACCCCAACCCAUAAUAUUAAUGCAAUGAGUGUUUUUCUUCUCUAAAUUUAAAGUUAGUAUCUAUAGAUGGAAUUAUAUCUGCAACCAAAUGUCUCUUAUUCCUGAAUUGAGAGUGAUAAUUUUAACAUGUAAGACUUAAUUAUGUGGGUUUCCCCCCACCUGAGUAGAAUCAGUUCCUUAAAGUUUACCUAGGGCCCUGCUAUCUGUCCUGUUGCCUUGUAAUGGAUGUUUCCACCUCCUUCUCUAAACUCUACCCCACCAUUAGUGUAUUUUACAGUAAAUACAGUGGAACCAGAACCCUAGCGUCCUGCUGAUACAAAGUCCUAUUGUCCUAAUUGUACAAAAGCAUCUACUCUUGACCACAUUAGCUUUGAGGUGAGAUCAGAUUAAUUCAGGAAUCUGAGACUAAUGAUUUUGUUUUAUCUUGAUCCUCAGAGAGCAAAUCAAAAAAAAUUUAUAGUGGGAAGGAAAAAGUGGCUUAUCAUUGUACACUUUGGUUUUCUCAUUUUAAUUUUUGAAAACUGCUUCAGGAGAUGCUGUUUCUCCAGAAACCAACAUGACAUGUCUUAGGAAUCUUAUAUUAGUAAGAAUCUGAUUCUGGUUCUUUAUUGGGAAUGAGUUUGGCAGCAUACAGACACAGAAAAACAGAUGUUUGAAAUCUUUGGUUCUGAAAUUUUUUAAUGAUCCCCGUUUCAUUGUUUACUGUCUUUUGUCCUAGGGAUCUUAAAAUAAUUUCCCUCAAAGAAAUAGGAUUAUUUCAUUACUGCCUCUAAAGCCAAUUCACUGUUUUUGGUAAUUCAUUGGUCUUCAGGAAUUGAGAUUUCAUAUCAUCUUGUUUUAAUUUUUUUAGGCUUGUUUUUCAUCUCUGAACUUUUCCUGUUCUGCUGGUUCUAACUAUACUCAGAGUCAAACUGACUAAUGUGAUCAUGCCCCAAACUUUUAUGUUUUCAGCCUAACAGUGUCCCAUGCAUGUGCUCUUUGGAGCAUUUAAGUGUUUAAAGUUUAAUAAAUGAAGAAGGUAAAAAAUGU